UAUUGCUUUAAAAAAAUUAUCAGUUCCUCCAUUCGGAAGAUGCAAUUCCGAAUCCCAGUUUUCAUACAGCCUCACUUCAUUCGGAAAGCCACCUUCGGAAUCCCGAGUUUUCAUACCCUAAUGGGAACUCCCGUGUUUUGGUAUGGCUUGUUGGAAACUCUCGUGGUUUCAUCAUUUCCUCUUGUCAAGGUAGGUACAUAUGGUAUUCUUGCAGCGCCCCGGGAGAUUCGGUUCUGUUUGCCGUCUGUUCCUCCAUUCGUGACGAUGAAGACUUGAAACACGCUUUCUUUGAUUGUGGUUUUCCUAUUUCCUUUUUACUUAUCUAAACGUCACCGUUUCAUUUAGUAGCAAACCCUUGUAUAAUUGAGACUGAAGAAUUCAAAAUUGAAGUAUACGUUAUUCAUUUAUUGUAUUUGUCAUUAUGUCCUUUACAUAAACUAGAUUCAUUGUAUAGGAAUUAUUUAUUUGCUCAUCUUAUUUUUAUGACCGUUGCAUGGUACUAUAAAACCCAUGCAUGGCUCACGUAUGAAAGGAUGAGAGAUUGCAUUAUUAUCUCAUUCUUUAUGUUCUCUUUCCUUCCUUUAUUUUCUAUUCUACUUCUUUAUAUUUUUCACAAUUAAUAUGGUAUCAGAUGAUGAAUCACCCACACCCCCACCCCUCCACACAACUACUGCCGUUACCUCUGCAGCCACCCACAUCCCAUUACAUCAUCCCUCCACUCAUGACACAGAUAGCCCGUAUUUCAUCCACCCUUCCGACAGCACCGGUGCCGCCUUGGUUGGUCACCUGCUCACCGGCCUAGAUGAUUACAAUGCUUGGUCUCUUGCCAUGAUAAUGGCUUUACGUGGCCGAAAUAAAUUUUCUUUUGUUGAUGGCUCUCUUCCCAUGCCUUCUCGUGACGACCCCAACCACGACCGAUGGCACCGGGUUAACAAUUUGGUCAUGUCAUGGAUCCUCCAUUCUAUUCAUGUCAACCUUGCUCACACCGUCCUUUAUGCUCCCGAUGCCGCCACAGUGUGGUCGGACCUCAAAGCUCGUUUCUCAACCUCUAGUGGACCUCGGAUUUAUGACCUUGAACGCCAAAUAUCUACCCUCAACCAACAUGACGACACUAUUGCCGUUUAUCACAAUAAACUCCAACGCCUUUGGAGUGAACUAACUCUUGCUGAUCCACCGCCCAAGUGCACUUGUGCCGCACGCACUCAAUAUGCCGCUCAACUUGACCGCCGCCGUCUCAUGCAAUUUCUUAUGGGUCUCCGUGAUACAUUCGCGGCAUCGCGUAGCCAACUUUUACUCACCACUAUCCUCCCUCCAGUCCAUCAAGCUUAUAAUUUACUUCUGCAAGAUGAGGCUCAACGUCUCCAGAGUCAGUCCUACCACACUGACACCACCUCCGCUCUCCUAGCUACACCGGCCACCCAAACCGGCAAAACCCAUAUAGCUCAUGCAAAUUCCAUCUCACGCAACUACUCACGUCCUAACUCCAACCGGUCUCGUUGUACUCACUGUGGCAUCCCUGGACACACACAACUAGUGUGCUACCGGUUGCAUGGAUAUCCACCCGGCCACAAAUAUUACAAGAAAGGAAAUACUCAUGGUGCUCCAACCGUCACCACCACCAAUCCCGCCCCUUCGACCUCCUCCGAUUCCAUUCAACAACUUCUCCGUCUUCUUCGGGAGGUAAAUGAACCAAAGGCCAAUCUUGUCGGACCUUUUGACGAAGGAGGAGAUUGGUCGGGGCCAUAGGAAACAUGGACUAUAUUUUCUAACGCUUCCACCCACACCGAGCACGCUUUUUGCCGCAUCCCCCACCACUUGGCACUCCCGCCUUGGCCAUCCGUCCUCUAAUGUCUUUAAAUUAUUAUCUCCAAUUCUUGGCUGUUCAAAUAAAUUACAUUUGUGUGAUAUAUGCCACUUGUCUAAACAGACUAGAUUGCCUUUUCCCAUUCGUAGCUCUUUUACUAAAAAUUGUUUUGAUCUAAUUCAUAUUGAUGUUUGGGGAAAAUACAAAAAUCCCACAAAUAAUGGUCACUAUUAUUUUUUAACCAUUGUUGAUGAU